AUGAAUAUAAGAUUUGUGUGUGAAAUAAUAGCCAUGAUUUUGCUACAUGUAAUAUUUUACAAGGUGUCCAUUUAUUAUUUACUGAGGUAUUUAGACAUUUUAAAUCAUUCGAAUAAAUUUAAUAAAAACAUUUUUUUUAUAACUUUUUUAGUUUGUAUGUCCAUAUUUUCCCUUUUUUUAUUCGAAUUAUCCAGCAUAGUGUCAAAUGUUAUAAUUACUUACAUUUGGCACAUUGAUAUAUGUAUACUAGUAUUCUUGUUGUAUAUAGUUAUACCAGUAGAAUUUAUCAACACAAUAUUUGAUUCGAGAAAUUAUAAAGAAAUACUUUCCCCAGAAUUUAAUUCUCAUUCGCAUAUUAAAUUGAUAAAAAAAUAUUAUAUAAAAAUAAGUACCAUAUAUAAAGAAAAAAAUGGAAUUAGCAAAAAAAUAAAGAAGCAUUUUUUUCUGAUUCGAAGUAUAAUAUUUUUAUCCUUUCUUUGGUUAAGUUUGGGAAAAUUAAAAAAUAUGAUUUACAAAAAAAAUUAUAAUUAUGUUAUUGCAGAUGAUAAUACGUUAAGUAUAAGGAAAUAUAUACUAUAUAACCAAUAUAUGGAGAAGAAAAAUAAAAAUAAAAUUUUUAAUAAGACCAUUUUUUAUUUAUUAGAAAAAAAGAAAAAAUGUUUUAACUACUAUUCUUGCGAAUUUAGAGAACUUCAUCAAUGUUAUAACAAAGAACAGGACGAUCGUAGUGAAGCAAAGGAUGAAAAAAAAUCAAAACUUAAAAAAUGCGUUAACUGGUUCUAUAGUAUUGUCAGCAUAUUGUGUUUCAUGAUUCUACACUAUUUAAUGCUAUUAUAUAAGUUUAUAAUUGGAGAAUUGCUGAUAAAUAUAUGCGCAUUAGGUGUAACGACAAAUUCAAUUGUCGCAGGAAUCUCAUCCAUGUAUUUUAUUUAUGACUAUGUUAUUACCUUUAUAUAUUAUUUACAAAUUCCUAAAAUACAAAUACAGAUAUAUAACAUAGAAGAAAGUAUUUUAAUUAAUUUUACGAAUUACAUGUUUAAAAAGAAGGAACUUCAAAAAUUACAAAGUAAUUUUGAUAUUCAUUCCAAAAGAUUUAUUUACGAUGCGAAAAAGGCAUCAAUUCAUAGAGGUGCUGUAGGCUCUAAUAGGAAUAUUUCCCCUCAGGGGAUAACAGAAAAAACAAAUGUAGAGUGGCAAAAAGAAAGACUGUUAUUAUCAAAAAGGGAAUGUGAACACAAUUAUGAACAACGUAGUAGCAGAACAAAUAGAUCAACCAAUAUGAGGAAGAAAAAAAAUUCACUGAAAAAAGCGUCUCUUCUUGUAAGUUUUACUAAUAGGUUAAGAAAUCUGUGUAACUUUAAAAAUACCAAUUUAUUAAACUAUCCAGACAACAGCGCUCAUCUGAAAUUCACUGAUUCUGAUCAUUUGGAUAAUAAACAGAGGUGUUCUAACACGAUUAAAAAGAAAUACAGCACUUUUAAUACUCAUCAUUUUGAACAAUCCAGAAAUAAGAAGAAAAGUGGAAAUUUCAGCGAUCACGAAUCAACUACAAUUAAUUAUUUUUAUAAAAAUAUAAAUAAAAAUAACGUGCACCCUUUGAAAAGGUCGAAUAGUUGUCCUAUUCCCUUUGACGAAAAGCAAGACGUCAAAUUUGAUGGUGAACCUGGGUCCCAUUUCAACGAAGAGGAACACCUGAGGAAAUGUCGCUCCCUUAAUGUUUUACUCGGCAGUGAAUCAUCUCUCCCACUGAAAAGCGAAUGCAUAAUUCGUAAUAGGAAUAGCGAUAACAAUAGUAAUAGCAGAGGAUAUAACUGCAACAGCACAGAGAAAAACCUCUUCAAGCAAAGUGAUAAAGGAAAUGAUAAUGAUAUCCAAAAUGGAAUAAGUGGCAAGAGCAGAAUGAGCAUAGGUGGAAGAGGAGAAGAAAAAGAAGGAAACGUGAUCAUCGAAGACAACAUGAUUGAGAAUUUUUUUUUCAAAAGUAUAAGCUUCCCAGUGAACAAAUUCGAAAAAACAAAAUACAAUGAGAAAAAGAAAAAAAUGGAACGUAUUCAGUUUUUAUAUGAAAUGGAAAAGAAUUUUCAUUUAAAAAAUAAAAACAAUAUGGAUAACAGUAAACUUAAAAAUGAGUCCAUUGAACUGAACGAUUGUCAGACAAAUGAGGAUGAUAACAUGUAUGAUUCAUGCAAUGAAGAUAUGCGCAAAAUUCAAGAUUUGGAAAAUUAUAAUAAAUUGAAAAAAGAAAUUGAAAAUAUUGUAUAUACAAACACAAGUAUGUAUUAUUCCUUAAAUGCAAUAUUAAGUAGAAAAUUUGAAAUUCAAAAAAAUAAAAAUUGCCUACUGGGAAAGAUUAACGUAUUUUUAAAUUCAGUUAUGUUUUUAACAGUUAUUUAUAAAAUUAUUAUGUCUAUUUUAAAUAUUAUAUUUAUAAGAAUAUAUAUAAGAGAUCCCUUUUCCAAAAUUAUUGAAAAAAUUUGUUUAUUUUUCAAUAUAAAAUAUAAUAUCCCAAUAAUUUAUGGACCCUAUAUAUCAUUAGCAUACAUUUCGUAUAUAGUAGCAAUUAAUAUGAAGAAGUUUUUACAACAAGUUAUUCAAAUAUCUACUUACUUUUCGUUUUAUUUUAAACUCUUUUCAAAUAUGUGGAUUCUCUUAAUAUCAGAACUAAUGGGACUAUAUUUUGUCACUAAUUCUUUACUUUUAACUUCCUACAUACCAGUAAAUUACAAUCAUAUUAUGAAUUUUGUUAUUGGAAAUAAUUAUGAUUAUAACAUAUUUCAUUUGCACUCAGAUUAUGUUUUUAUUACUUCCUUUACUUCUACUUUAAUUUUUUGUGUCUUAUACAUGUUUUAUUUUUAUUUUUUUUAA